ACAUGGUCUGAGACAAACAAAUCUCGGUUUCGUUUUGUGAUUUGUUCAAAGAGCUAAAUCGAUGAUGACAAUUAACAACUGAUUCUAGGAAAAACUAAAAAAGGAAUAUCACAAGGCUUCAUUGUUUCAACCUGAUUUCUGCAAAAUACAUGGUCGCUCUCCUCGCUCGCUUCUCACGAAGAUAAUGGACAUCAAAACGUUGCCCCAAGAUCUUCGUGAAGAAGUGUCUUGUCCUGUGUGUACUGACAUAUACAGAGAUCCAAAACAGCUCCAAUGUUUACACAGCUUCUGCUUGCAAUGCUUGAAGCACUGGCACAGAACAAGCCAUGGCCGAGAUACAAUCAGAUGUCCGGAAUGCCAAGCUCUUAGCAAAGUGCCAGAAAGUGGCGAUCUGAAAGAUCUACCAACCAGUUUUUACCUGAACGACCUGAUUGAUGUGUUAGUCAUCAAAGAGUGUAAAAGCAGUCAAGUACAGUGUGGAAAUUGUGACAAGAAAAGCUCCGAGACAUCUUAUUGUUUCCAAUGUUGCAUAUUUUAUUGCCCAGAAUGCGUCACUGGACAUAACAUCAUGCGAAAUAACAAAGAUCACCGUGUUCUGGCGCUUAAAGAUUUUCAAGACAAGGAACUUGAGGAUAUGAUGAAACGACCCAUGCACUGCUCGAAACAGCGGCACGAAAAAGAAGAGCUGAAAUACUUUUGCAAGAGUUGUGCAACGGCAGCUUGCCAAAGCUGUGUUUUGUUAGAUCAUGCGGGUCACGCUUUAGUGCACUUGGAGGAAGAGGCGGAAAGGCAAAAACUCAAAAUGAAAUCACUAAUUGAAACCCUGAGGCGUAAUUUACGAGUAAAUAUAAACAUUGUCGUUCAACUCGAUGAAAAUCACGCGAAACUGAUGAAAAAAGGAGAAGACUUGAAGCGAGAAGUACAGAAAUUUGUGGACAAUUUGUUUGCAACUGUUGAAGCGAAGAAACAAGCCAUUUUUGAGACUGUGGAGAAAGUAACGAGAAAAUCGCUCGAAACUCUUGCAGUGCAGAAAACGGAGCUUGAACGUCAAAUAAAAUCAAUUCAAUCAUCGUUGGAAAAAGCUGAUAAACUUUUGAUACGAAACCUUGUAAAAGUUCUUCCAUCCACUGCGUUUGACAUAAUUUAA